AUGAGUUUUGUAAAUUUGUGCAUAGGAUUCACAGAAGUUUGACACAAAAUGCCCCAUGACCCCUUGAGAGAGCAGGAGGAGAUGUAUGAGGAGAGGGCAGAGGGAAAAUGAGGGGCACCAGGAGCACUAGGAGAGUAGCACUGCUCAUCCUCCCUUCUUACUCCCUCUCCUUCACUUUCCUACAAAUUGCCAAACACUUGAUUUUAGCCACAGGAUAGGAGAUAAGUGGAGCCACAGGUCGUAGACUCCAUCUCAGACGUGCUCUGAGGGCACAGUGAGAACAGAUGCUGCCUCCUUCUACUCAGCCAUUACCCUUCCCACAUGACAGGAGAGACUGCCAUGCUGUAUCUUGGUUGCAUUUUUUCAGAUACAGGCAACGACAGAAGGUCCAAACUUUACAAAAAUGAGUGACUCCCUCUAAGCUUGAUGGCUUAACUCUUCAUUUAACCCUUCACUCGUUAAUGUGCCACCACAGGAUUUGUGAUUCACUGCAUGGGACAGCAUUUUGGGACUGCACAGAGCCCCACUCUGCCCACACAAAUGUGUCAGGGCCUCACAUGGGGCACCCUCCCACACAUCCUCCGCCCAUUGUGAGCUGCAUUUAAGCUGAGGACAUUCAUUUGGUCAUUUGAGCUGCUGUGGAUUCUGAGAGUUCUCAUAGCUCUAGACAACCUGCCCUUGGACCUGCAUUGCAACUGUGGACUUAUCUGGGGAUCUGGACUGCUGUCGUUGGUCGGUGUCACCAGACUUGUUUUGCUCCUCGUGUUUGGGUCCUGUGGGGCCGUGCUGCUUGCGGCUGAGUUGCCCUUCGCAUCAACCAUGAAGCUGAUUUUGAUCUUCAGUGCCCUCUUUGGGGCUGCCUUGUGCCUGGAAACUUUUGUUGGGCACCAGGUUCUCCGUAUCAAGACAAGAAAUGAGGAACAACUGAAGAAGCUCCAGUUUUUGGAAACAUUGGAUCAUCUUGAGCUUGAUUUCUGGUUAAAUCCCUCCACCCCUGCCCUCCCUGUGGAUGUACGAAUCCCUGCUCACAGCCUCCAGGCAGUCAAAGUCUUCCUGGAGUCCCAUGGGAUUGAGUACUCAAUCCUGAUUGAAGACCUGCAGGUCGUUCUUGACAGAGAAAAGCAAGAUAUAGUUGCCAGUCAACAAAUGGAACGCAGCAGCAGCGCUUUCAACUAUGGAACUUACCAUUCUUUAGCUUCUAUUUACCAAGAACUGGAUAAUCUUGCAUCUGAGUAUGGCAACAUUGUCAGUAAGAUCCAGAUUGGGGAAUCCUAUGAAAAGCGGCCGUUGUAUGCGCUCAAGUUCAGCACUGGAAGAGGAAACCGCCCUGCGAUCUGGCUCGAUGCUGGCAUCCAUUCCCGAGAGUGGGUUACCCAAGCGAGUGCAAUGUGGAUAGCUAGAAAGAUUGCCUCUGACUAUGGGAAUGAUCCAUCCACCACUUCUCUGCUGAACAACCUGGACAUUUUCCUGCUGCCAGUUGCUAACCCUGAUGGAUACGAAUUCACUCACACCACAAAUCGCAUGUGGCGGAAGACCCGCUCCAAGAACUCAGGCAGUCUGUGUAUUGGAGUGGAUCCAAACAGGAACUGGGACGCAGGUUUUGGAGGUCCUGGAGCCAGUAAUAACCCCUGUUCUGACUCUUACCAUGGACCCAGUGCCAACUCAGAGGUGGAAGUUAAAUCUAUUGUAAAUUUUAUUAAGAAUCACGGAAACAUCCGGGCCUUCCUCACCCUGCACAGUUACUCUCAGCUCCUGAUGUAUCCCUAUGGUUAUAAAUGCACUCCACCAGCAGACAACGCCGAGCUGAACACCAUAGGGAAAGCUGCUGCCAAUUCCAUCCAGUCCCUGUAUGGCACCACCUACACGGUGGGGAGCAUUUGCACUACUAUCUACCAAGCCAGCGGAGGCAGCAUUGACUGGAGCUAUGAUUAUGGCAUCAAAUACUCAUUUGCCUUCGAGCUGCGAGACACGGGUCGCUAUGGAUUCCUCCUUCCAGCUGCCCAAAUUAUCCCCACUGCUGAGGAGACCUGGCUGGGUCUGAAAACAAUCAUGGAAUAUGUACAAGACAACCCAUACUGAAAGCAGGGAUGGGAAUCAGCGGUCAAGAUCAGCAAGCUGAGAAAUCCUCUUCCUUUGAUGUGCUGUAAUCAUACAGCAGCUGUCUGAAUAAAAACCCUGCAUGUA